CCGGCCCGAGGGGCGGUCCCUGGGCUCCCGCUCGCCUCCGCCGCUCCUCGUCCUGCUCCUUGCUCCCCAGCGGCGGGAGCCGGGUGCCGGGUGCCGGGUGCCGGCGGGCAGGAGGCGCCCGAGGAUGUGCUGCUGGCCGCUGCUUCUGCUGUGGGGGCUGCUCCCCGGGGCGGCGGCGGGGGGCUUGGGCAGGACCUACCCGCACUGGACCCUCCUCGACUCGGAGGGCAAGUACUGGCUGGGCUGGGACCAGCGGGGCAGCCAGAUCGCCUUCCGCCUCCAGGUGCGCACCACCGGAUACGUGGGCUUCGGCUUCUCGCCCACUGGGGCCAUGGCGUCCGCUGACAUCGUCGUGGGCGGGGUGGCCCACGGGCGGCCCUACCUCCAGGAUUAUUUUACAAAUGCAAAUAGAGAAUUGAAAAAAGAUGCUCAGCAAGAUUACCACCUAGAAUAUGCCAUGGAAAAUAGUACCCACACAAUAAUUGAAUUUACCAGAGAGCUGCAUACAUGUGACAUAAAUGACAAGAGUAUUACGGAUAGCACUGUGAGAGUGAUCUGGGCCUACCACCGUGAAGAUGCGGAAGCUGGUCCCAAGUACCAUGACUCCAACAGGGGCACCAAGAGUCUGCGGUUAUUGAAUCCUGAGAAAACCAGUGUGCUCUCUACAGCCUUACCGUACUUUGAUCUAGUAAAUCAGGACGUUCCCAUUCCAAACAAAGAUACAACAUAUUGGUGCCAAAUGUUUAAGAUUCCUGUGUUCCAAGAAAAGCAUCAUGUAAUAAAGGUUGAGCCAGUGAUACAGAAAGGCCAUGAGAGUCUGGUGCACCACAUCCUGCUCUAUCAGUGCAGCAGCAACUUCAACGACAGCGUUCUGGCGUCCGGCCAUGAGUGCUAUCACCCCAACAUGCCUGACGCGUUCCUCACCUGUGAAACUGUGAUUUUUGCCUGGGCUAUUGGUGGAGAGGGUUUUUCUUAUCCACCUCAUGUUGGAUUAUCCCUUGGCACAGCAUUAGAUCCCCAUUAUGUGCUCCUAGAAGUCCAUUAUGACAAUCCGACUUACAAGGAAGGCUUAAUAGAUAAUUCUGGACUGAGGUUAUUUUAUACAAUGGAUAUAAGGAAAUAUGAUGCUGGGGUGAUUGAGGCUGGCCUCUGGGUGAGCCUCUUCCAUACCAUCCCUCCAGGGAUGCCUGAGUUCCAGUCUGAAGGCCACUGCACUCUGGAGUGCCUUGAAGAGGCUCUGGAAGCCGAAAAACCAAGUGGAAUUCAUGUGUUUGCUGUUCUUCUCCAUGCUCACCUGGCUGGCAGAGGCAUCAGGCUGCGUCAUUUUCGAAAAGGGAAGGAAAUGAAACUACUUGCCUAUGAUGAUGAUUUUGACUUCAAUUUCCAGGAGUUUCAGUAUCUAAAGGAAGAACAAACCAUCUUACCAGGAGAUAACCUAAUUACAGAAUGUCGCUACAGCACAAAAGAUAGAGCUGAGAUGACUUGGGGAGGACUAAGCACCAGAAAUGAAAUGUGUCUCUCAUACCUUCUUUAUUACCCAAGAAUUAAUCUUACUCGAUGUGCAAGUAUUCCAGACAUUAUGGAACAACUUCAGUUCAUUGGUGUUAAGGAAAUCUAUAGACCAGUCACGACCUGGCCUUUCAUUAUCAAAAGCCCCAAGCAGUAUAAAAACCUUUCUUUCAUGGAUGCAAUGAAUAAGUUUAAAUGGACUAAAAAGGAAGGCCUCUCCUUCAACAAGCUGGUCCUGGGCCUCCCAGUGAACGUGAGAUGUUCCAAGACAGAUAAUGCAGAGUGGUCGAUUCAAGGAAUGACAGCAUUACCUCCAGAUAUAGAAAGACCCUAUAAAGCAGAACCUUUGGUGUGUGGCACGUCUUCUUCCUCUUCCCUGCACAGAGAUUUCUCCAUCAAGUUGCUUGUGUGUCUUCUGCUAGUCAGCUGCACGCUGUGCACCAAGCGCUUGUGAUCAAAAUCCUGUUGGACUUGACAAUGUUUUCUAUGAUCUGAACCUGUCAUUUGAAGUACAGGUUAAAGACUGUGUCCACUUUGGGUAUGAAGUGUGUGGAGACUUUUCUUCCCUAUUUUCCCUCCCUCCUUUUUUCUUUCCAUGUUACAUGAGAGAUGUCAAUCAGGUUCUCUUCUCUUCCUUAGAAAUAUCUGAUGUUACAUACAGACGAUCAAUAAAAUAAAACUGGCCUGACUUAAGAGAACCAUUUUUUAAAAAUCGGACUAUCACGUGGGAAUAAAAUAAUUCUUUAUUUCCUACUACAUUCUGUUUUAUUUAAAUACUCAUUGUUGCUUUUCACUUUUUGACUUGACCUUUGUAUUUCUUUUAAAAAUGCCUUUCUUUUAUAAACGGGACUACUCUUCAUUCCCGUUUUCUUUUCCUUUCUUGUUCUUCUAGUGUGACUUUCCAGGUGUAACAACAAUUCUUCCUGUCUUUAACAUUGUCCAGUUCUGGUUUUUUCUGUGAAUUACCAUUGGGCCCCUUACCUCAAUGCUUUAUGUUGAUGCCCACUCUGGUUCCCUUGUUUAGCUGAGCCUGUUGGUACCCCAAAUGACCCCACACCAUCUUACUCUUUUUCACCUUCCCUUUUUAGUGCUGACCAGUUGAGGUUUUCUUGAGCUCUGUCACUAUCUGAAAAGAAAGAGGCUAUGGGAAACAUAGAAAUGGCGUGUAUCAAUAACUGAUCAUAGGCUGAGGAGAAAAAUGUAGCUGGCUGCAAACCCUGUGCUGUGAGGGGACUUGUAUGAGAUUCCAGGUCAAAGACCGACCAUGCGCGCCAGUGCAGGAGGGUGUAAGGUCUGAAUAGUUCCUUGCCGACUGUUGGGUGACACAUGUACCACAUACUGGCUCAAUUUAAGUCAUGGUUCUAUUGUAGAUUUAUUUUUAUAUUCAUUGAUAAACUACUUAAAAUUGUCACCAAUUGAAA